GAAGAGAAUAGUCUCCGGUGUUCAGCCUACUGGAUCGAUACAUCUGGGGAAUUACCUUGGCGCCAUAAAGAACUGGAUACGCUUGCAGGAUACAUUUGAGACAUUCUUCUUCAUUGUGGACCUUCAUGCGAUAACUUUGCAAUAUGACGCACAACAGUUGCUAAGGUCAACAAGGGAUACAGCUGCUAUUUAUCUAGCAUGUGGGGUAGAUCCUUCUAAGGCUUCAGUCUUUGUGCAGUCUCAUGUUCGUGCUCAUGUAGAGUUGAUGUGGCUUUUGAGUUCUGCAACACCUAUUGGUUGGCUCAAUAGAAUGAUUCAAUUUAAAGAGAAAUCACGGAAGGCGGGGGAUGAAAAUGUGGGUGUUGCCCUUCUAACCUAUCCCGUACUAAUGGCUGCUGAUAUUCUUCUGUAUCAGUCUGAUCUUGUCCCUGUCGGAGAGGAUCAGAAGCAACAUUUGGAGUUGACGCGAGAGCUGGCUGAGCGUGUAAACUAUUUGUAUGGAGGAAGGAAGUGGAAGAAGCUGGGAGGGAGAGGUGGUGCAAUCUUCAAGGUUCCUGAACCCCUUAUUCCACCCGCUGGGGCUCGAAUCAUGUCCCUUACUGAUGGUCUUUCCAAGAUGUCAAAGUCAGCACCAUCUGAUCAGUCAAGAAUCAAUUUGCUAGAUUCAAAAGAUGUAAUAGCAAAUAAGAUAAAACGGUGCAAGACUGAUGCGUUUCCGGGCUUGGAGUUUGACAACACGGAAAGACCUGAAUGUAACAAUCUUCUUUCCAUUUAUCAGCUAGUUACAGGCAAGACCAAGCAGGAGGUUACAGAAGAAUGCGGAGAUAUGAAUUGGGGAACAUUCAAAAUCGUGCUUACAGAUGCUUUAGUUGAUCAUCUGCACCCUAUCCAGGUACGCUAUGAGCAAAUUGUGUCCGAUUCAAGUUACUUGGACGAAGUUUUAGCAGAGGGAGCCAGAAAAGCAGCAGACAUAGCAGAUGUAACUGUAAAUAAUGUCUACCAGGCAAUGGGAUUCUUGAGGAGAUGAGCAUGACCAAAAUACUGCAUGCACCAAAGACGCAGAGGUCAAUCUGAUUUUUUUCAAGGCGCGCAUGCGAAUCACUAUUCAUUCCAAACUCCACUUGAGGGAUUAUACUAGGAAUGUUGUUUGAUGCAUCGCUAUGCGUUUACAUUUGAUUUCUUUAUUUAUACAUUUGUAGAUCUCAAUGGAGGAUGCAUCACCGAUUUUGCCAUUUGUGUUAGUCAUAUUGUAUAAAUAAUUUUUGUACUCCCCCUUUCUACUCAUUUAAUUAAUUGGUGUAAGUUGCUGUUAA